GAGGGGCUACAUGAUGUGGACCCCUCAGCUGUUUUGAGAGGGUUCAUGGAAUCAUGUUAAUUUUUUAUUUAUUUUGUAACCAUUAACAAUGUAGUAUGGUAGUUGUAAGAGUAUAUUCGAUUCAUUAGUAUAUCAAAGAAGACAGGGGAUCAUGCAUAAUGUAAACGGGAACUGGUAAACCUACAGAAUAAACCCUCCCAAGGCAUUGGAAAGUUUCCUGAUACUUGAGGCGCUCAUGGGGAGUUUUGUACUGGUGUGCCUUCGUUCCUGGAAGAGGCCAGACUAGUUGGUUAGUGCGAGGAGUGUGCUUUGCCUGUCAUCGGUAUUGCCUUGUCCCUAUCUACAGAGACACUCUGGCUGUAACGGUGUCCGCUGAAGGGCAUUACGAGCCUGGCCGUAACGUUAGCUGAAACUUGACGCCGUCGAUCCCGGUUGUUGUUCUGUGGAGUGGGUUUAUUUGAAAUUAUAUUCCGAUUACGGUCCAAUUCGGAACGAUCAGAGACAGAAGGCUGGGAUUAGACACAGGGGAGAAAUUGGGUGAAAGAGCGCGUUACGCCGCAGAAUCGCAGUAGGCUACAUUGCAUCAAGUAGUUGUAGCUGAUAACGCUAGUAAAUAACAGUAUUACUUUACUGAAAUACCAGCGGGAGACGAUUCAGGAAUUUAUUGUAUUCGAAGUUUUUCUUCAAACCGUUUGCCGUUUUCAAGGACAUUUGUGGGAGGCUUGGGGAAGGUGCACACCUCUGUCUGUGUGUGCUGCCUCCACAUCAGAUCGGACUGCAUCAGAAUCACAACAACAACAACAACAACAACAACAAUAGUCUGAAACUCAAAGGUGAUCCCGGUGCAGUGACUGUCCUGUGUCGUCUCUCUGCGCCCCUGUAUGUCCCCUGGCCUAUCAUAAAGACGCUGAGCUCAGGGACUUCGCUGUUGUAGGACCCUAUGGCUCUGGGCCUUCCAUCCUCCUCCAUUGGCCUUUGGUCACGGCUGGCUGAACGGCUGCUGCUGGGACCAUUGCUGGUCCUGCUGGUGUCUGGGCUGGGCAUGGCCCUAGGUCAGAGGGUUUACACCAACACAUGGGCCGUCCACAUCGCUGGAGGACCAUACGAGGCUGACCGCAUUGCCAGUAAACAUGGCUUCGUCAACCAUGGCAAUGUAUUUGGUGACCUCUAUCACUUCCGGCACCGUUCUGUGGAGAAGAGGUCUCUGUCGGAUCACCGAGGGACGCACGUCCGUCUACAAAAAGAGCCUCUGGUGAUGUGGGCAGAACAGCAGGUGGUGAAGAGUAGGAAGAAGAGGGACAUCUACACGGAGCCCUCAGACCCCAAGUUUACCCAGCAGUGGUACCUGUACAAUACUAAUCAUCGUGACCUGAAUGCCAAAGGUGCAUGGGAGCUGGGCUACACUGGGAAGGGAGUGGUGGUGUCCAUCCUGGAUGAUGGUAUAGAGAAGAACCACCCAGACCUUAUAUCAAACUAUGACCCAGACGCCAGCUAUGAUGUGAACGAUGGAGAUCCAGACCCUCAGCCACGAUACACACAACUCAACGACAACCGGCAUGGGACUCGUUGUGCAGGCGAGGUGGCAGCGAUGGCCAACAAUGGGAUCUGUGGAGUCGGAGUGGCCUACAACGCCAAGAUUGGAGGAGUGCGUAUGCUGGACGGCGAGGUGACAGACGUGGUGGAGGCCCAGUCUCUCAGUCUGAACCCACAGCACAUCCACAUCUACAGUGCCAGCUGGGGCCCCGAGGAUGAUGGGAAGACGGUGGAUGGGCCCGCCAAGCUCGCCAAGGAGGCCUUUCUACGCGGAGUGACCGAGGGUCGUGGGGGCCUGGGCUCCAUCUUUGUGUGGGCGUCAGGGAACGGCGGGCGUGAGAAGGACAGCUGUAACUGUGACGGCUACACCAACAGCAUCUACACCCUGUCCAUCAGCAGCUCCACCCAGAAUGGCAACGUGCCCUGGUACAGUGAGGCCUGCUCCUCCACCCUUGCCACAACCUACAGCUCUGGCAACCUCAACGAGAAACAGAUAGUGACAACGGACCUCAGACAGAAGUGUACUGACACCCACACAGGCACAUCCGCCUCGGCUCCUCUGGCUGCUGGGAUCAUCGCCCUUGCACUGGAAGCCAAUAAAAACCUGACAUGGAGGGACAUGCAGCACUUGGUCGUGAGGACCUCUCAUCCCGCCCACCUCCUCACCAACGACUGGAAUACCAAUGGGGUCGGCCGAAAAGUGAGCCAUUCAUAUGGGUAUGGUCUGCUUGAUGCCAGUGCGAUUGUGACUCUGGCUGAGAACUGGACCAACGCUGGGCCCCAGAAAAAAUGUGUGCUGUCCAUGGUGGCAGAGCCCAGGAACAUUGGGAGCCACCUGCUGAUCACCAAGACAGUGGACAGCUGUGUUGGGACAGCCAACCAUGUGAGCUCCCUAGAACAUGCCCAGGCCCAGCUCACCCUCUCCUACAACCGUAGGGGCAACCUGGGCAUCUACCUGACCAGCCCACAGGGCACCCGCUCCACACUGCUCGCUCCCAGGCCUCAUGACUACUCGUCAGAGGGCUUUAAUGACUGGGCUUUCAUGACCACACACUCCUGGGACGAGGACCCUCGGGGGGAGUGGACCCUGGAGAUGGUAAACGUGGCAGGGGCCAGCGACUAUGGCACUCUGACUCAGUUCACCCUGGUGCUGUAUGGUACAGGCUCAGACUCUCCCAGCUCCACAGCCAAGGACCUCUCUCAGUCCAGUAACGGCAGCUGUAAGACUUUUGACCUACAGCAGAUCUGCAUUGAGUGCAAUGGUGGCUACUACCUCUUCCAGCAAGGCUGUGUGAGGGACUGUCCAGCCGGCUACACCGCAGGCUCCCAGCUCCUCAAUUAUACCAUGGGGAACUCUGUGGAUCCAGCCUCGAUCCCCUCCUGCCUGCCCUGCCAACCCCCCUGCCUGACCUGCAGUGGCCUCAGCACCUGCCUCUCCUGCCCCCCUCACAGCCACCUGGACCCUGUGUCCAGCACCUGCCUGCACCUCAACCAGAUCCAGAGGGAGUCCCCUGGCAACUUCAUGGUGGGCCAGGGCAACACCGGUCCCCGCCCAGAGCUCAGCUCCCGCCUGCCCGUCACCAUCGCCGUGCUCAGCUGCAUGAUCAUCAUGGCCACCUUCGCUGGGGUGUUCGUUCUGCUGCAGCUGAGAUCUGGAGUCCUGGCCAAACUGCCCUCACUGGAGGAGGCCGGCUCAGGCCUGAGGGGGGGCUUCGGCCUGGGGGGCAGCAGCAGAAUGGUGUCGUACCGCGGUAUCCCUACAGUGUGGGGCGACGAAGGGGUGAACACUGACUCCGACAACGAUGAGUUUGACGUCCACAAUGAGAAGACUGCCUUUAUCAAAACACAAAGUGCUCUUUAACCCCCCCCUGUCUUUGUAUUCCUGCUUUCUACAGCCCCCACCCCUCCCCUAAUCACUCUGACUCGUCUAAUUCUGGGCUCCCUGUCCUCAUGUUCCCCUCCUCUGGUUUCUCUUUCCCUGUUUCACUCCCUCGUUCUUCCUCUCAUCGGGUUUCAUUCCCCAGGUUUAGUGUUCCACUCUGUAGUGGGUGACCUGAUGGGAGACUGGAGUCACGUGGAACAGGGAUGGCCUGGGUGCGCUCGGCGCUCGCUUCACACUCGGGUGCUUUUCUAUUAAACUGUCUCUCUGUGCCCUUUCGCCCUCAAUCACCAUCAGACAGUGUUUUCUGAACACAGCCCAUUUCCUGGACGUCUCCAGGGUUUCCCUGUCACAAUAAACAAACCAUUAUUGUUUGCUCUCUUUUUUUUCUUCUCCAGUGCAGUAGCCGGAUGAGAUUGUAAAUUGGGGGUACACAGCUGUGCGCGUGCUGAGUAGACAGCGAGAUCGGGGUAGGGUCAGGUUCUGAGAAGCCACAGCUUGAGUCCUCAUAGUCCCAGUGUUUUGGUGAAUCAGACCCAGGCUCUCCCAGAGCUACUGUGUGUGUCCAUGCUGCAGUAUGAGACUUUAUCUCUUAGCUCUGGCUGGAUACAAGGCUAUGAGUCAUGAGACUAGCAACACUCACUCUACCCCCAGCAUGGAAUUCAGGAGGCGUUCUGCUUAUUCCGAGCGGUUUAGGAAUGCUGGAUUCAUGUGAUUCUGAGGGUUAUAUAAAGUCCCCUGACCUCCGCCCCUCUCUGUUCUCCAGUGGGGGGGGGGGGUCGGACUGAGUGCUUGCUCGCUGCCAGAUCCACAAAGAUAGGUCAGCAGUUCACCCAGCUACGCCUCCACACUUUACUGGGCCUCAGAAUUUAGACCAAAAUAAUACUGCCUCUAUGAUUUGAAACCCCAUUCCCAAGAAAAAAGUACCUAUGAAUAAUUACAUUGGCUUUCCACUUAAGUCUUAUAAUUGCUCAACUACUGAGGAUGAAAGUGGUAGUGAGAUGUAUUGUGGAUGGGGCUCAGUACUGUAGAAGUGACUUUUUUAACACAAGGGUUCCUGUGGGCUUCUCUGAGCAGCUAUACAGGUAGUGAGAGGAGUGUGUGAUAGAGAGAAGGGUUUUACGCACUGCAGAGGAGAGAGAGAAUAACAAAGUCUGGCCAUGAUUACCAGACUGGGCACUUUACUCUCCCUACUCUGCUGCUCUUUUUAAUGCUGUUCAUCACACACACCCUACCUCGUUUCAGUAAGGUAUGUGUGUCUGAGUGUGUGCCGGCCAAGUGUGUGAGCAGGUGUCCAGUUGAGCAAAAGGAAGGAAUGACCACAUUAGGAAUACUAAGGAUGUGGUUGUGUUUGUAGGCUGAGUUAUGAUACUGGUUGGCCUAUGUAGUUUCCCUUUCCCUGUACUUUAAAUAUCUGCCUAUGUCAAAGAACUGAGGUUGGCUAUAAUAAGCAAACUUCUUUUGACAUCUUUUAUCUGUCAUUGAGACUUAUCACAGCUUCUCUCCACUCGCCCUCCAGUUGUCAUCAGGGAUGUCGAUGCCAACUAGAGAUAAUCUGUUUCAUAUACUUGCCAAUGAAUUAUAUCCUGAACGACACUACAGCUCAGAUGUGUUCCAAAGGAGUUUUUUUUCUCUACUCAAACUGUGUCUUUAUUGAAAAACUUUUGAGUGAAUUUUUGGCUGCAUAUCUUCCUUCUACAAUCUGUACCUCAUUAAUUCAUCCAUUGGACAAAUAUUGGAUCCAUCCAUCUUUUUUUUAUUCUAUUUUUACGUUGAAGUUAUUUUUCAUUUCCAGCAGAUAAUAGGGGGCUUCACUGAGAGGGGCUGUCAUAGUGACAAUGUGCAUAAAAGAUUGAUGCAACUGCUCAUCCUGUCCUCUCGCUCAGAUCACACAGCCAUGGCAGCAGAGUAUAUGUGUUCCAUAGCGAUGAUGAAGGAUUAUAUAGGUCAAAGGUGAACGCUUUUCAGAGAAGGAUAUUUCUUUUGAACUGUAGGAGUUUUCCUUACACUGAUUUACACUUCUACAGUAAUAAAGACAUUUCAGUCUUA